UUACAUUUUCUUUCUUUUCUGCAGUUCAGUGAAGGUCGAGAAAGGGCUCACGAACUACGUCACAGAAGGCAUCAUCACCAUUUACCCAAACCUCACUUUGAAUUACCACAUCAUCCUGGACUACCAACUCACCAGAAGCCAUUCAUUAUAAAGCCCCAUAAAUGUCCAUACAAACGCUGUAGGCCUAGGCCUCCACCUUCAGUUCAUAACCCCCACAAAUUCCCAAAUCCUCCCCAGCCAUCUAAACAUCCAGAUACUAGCAGUGUGGUCAACCCUACCUUAGUGACUACAACCCAAAUUCCAUCUGUGACUUCCCCAUCUGCUUCCACCAAAAUUACUACCCUUCCAAAUGUGACUUCUCUUCCUCAGAAAGCCACCACCACAUCUUCAAGAGAAAAUGUUAACACAGGCUCUUCUGUAGCUACAUUAACAUCACCGAAUUCCCCAGCUCCACAAGACACCACAGCUCCCCCACCCACACCUUCUGCAACUACAGCACUUCUACCACCUUCCUCAGCUCCACUGGAAACCACAACUCCCCCACCCACACCUUCUGCAACUACAGCAGUUCUACCACCUUCCUCAGCUCCACUGGAGACCACAACUCCCCCACCCACACCUUCUGCAACUACAGCAGUUCUACCACCUUCCUCAGCUCCACCGGAGACCACAGCUCCCCUACCCACACCUUCUGCAACUACAGCAGUUCUACCAGCUUCCUCAGCUCCACUGGAGACCACAGCUGUCCUACCCACACCUUCUGCAACUACAGCAGUUCUACCACCUUCCUCAGCUCCACCGGAGACCACAGCUGCCCCACCCACACCUUCUGCAACUACAGCAGCUCCACCACCUUCCUCAGCUCCACUGGAGACCACAACUCCCCCACCCACACCUUCUGCAACUACAGCAGUUCUACCACCUUCCUCAGCUCCACUGGAGACCACAGCUGCCCUAACCACACCUCCUGCAACUACAGCAGUUCUACCACCUUCCUCAGCUCCACUGGAGACCACAGCUGCCCCAAUCACCACACCUUCUGCAACUACACCAGCUCCACCACCUUCCUCAGCUCUACCAGAGACCACAGCUGCCCUACCCACACCUUCUGCAACUACACCAGCUCCACCACCUUCCUCAGCUCCACUGGAGACCACAGGUGCCCCAAUCACCACACCUAAUUCUUCCCCAGCUACUCUUGCACCUGACACUUCUGAAACUCCAGCUGCACCCACACACCAAACCACUAUUUCAGUCACUACUCAAACUACUACUACUACUAAACAACCAACUUCAGCUCCCACCCAAAAUAAAAUUUCUCGAUUUCUUUUAUAUAUAAAGAAUCUACUAAACAGAGUUAUUGAAGACAUGGUGGAGCAAUAGUAUAUGUUGUAAAGUGUCCUGUCAUUUAUAAGAUGUGAUUUAUGAGUGCAGAACUACCAUCUUUACUUUUAGCACCAAUCCCAACAUGAAAUUAUAUUAUUCAGAUUUAAAGCACUAUGACUAAU